ACUGCUGCGCAACGUACAUAUGCAAGAUGCAACAAGAAUGGUUUGGAUAGUAAAUACAAUAAUUGCGUAAUUGGAAAUAACCAAAGGUAUAACAAUACAUUCGUGGAGGAUGGGCACUUUACAAAGCUUACUACAUAUGAGCAGCUUGGCCCUGGUAUCGAGCUACUCGUACAAAAUGAACUUGCGGUAAUCAUUAUAGGCAUAACCAUUUCGUUAAAAAGUAUUGAAAUGUUUAUGGGAAUAAGAAGCCAAUAUCCUUUGCUGAUGCUUUUCUCUACCAAAGCUCGGCUGAAUGAAUCUAAAGUUAAUGCAAAGGCCACCGCAA